CUCAAGAGAAUGACUCAGGUCAUAUCGGAAGCGAACGAUAACGAAUCAUGAAACGCAACGGGCACUAACUCGUUUGGCCAACUUCUGCUAUCUCCCGUCUUACGCCCCCAGGCCCACGCAUGCAUGCACUGCAGGCUUAUCUAGCGCUCUUAUUCAUCAGCAGCCCUCUAUCUUCCCUGGCUGCCUCCCCUGUGCCCAUCUACGGCUUGUCGUCCUGCCUGCCUACACACGGCUACCAUCCUUCAGCCUGUCAUCCAUCAGCAUCAGCUCCAUCCAUCCAUCCAUCCAUCCAUUCAUCCAGGGCUGCAUCCUCUCCAUCAGCACACGGUCCACGGCAUCCAAUCCAUCCGUCCAUCACAUCCAGAUCCACGGCAUCCAAUCCAUCCGUCCAUCACAUCCAGACACAUGCGUCCACACUUCCAGUCAUCUGAGCCGAGCGCCUUCAUCAGGGCCACAGACAGGGGCGAAGGGCAUCGUGAGCACUUCGCAACAAGAGAGGACCUUGCCGGUGAGGCGCUCGAGUGCCGGGCAGACGAGCUUCUGCUGCUGGAAGAGAUGCAGUCCGUCGAGACUGUCCACCUCAACCGACGUCACCGAGGGAAACACCGCAUCGGGCCCCUUGACCUGCGCCACCGGCUGGCGACUCCCCUGCUCCUCAGACCCCUCUCCUUCGUCUACAUUGCCAUCUUCGUCCGGCUGUUGCUUGGCUUGUGUCGUCAGGAUGGCCUUCAGCGUGUCGGUGUGGUUGACCAGCUGCAGGGAAAUGAAGGCGAAGAGCCGCGCCCGGCCGAUCUCCUCGACCUCCUCCUCUCCGGGCAGCAGGAUUAUGGCGUGCUGCUGCUGCUCGAACGUCACGAGGCUGCCGCCCGGUCCCCUGCAGCUGAGACCGUGGUUGGGGCGGUGCCAGUUGAUGACCCGGAUCAGCGAGUAGAUGGCCCAGUAGAAGGCCCGGCAGACACAGCUCAUCGCCAGGCGCUCCUUGACGGACUGAUACGAUGACACGUUGAGCCAGGUAUCGCCAUCCAGAAGGCUCGUGAGGCUCCUCGGCGCGGUGCGGUUGGAUGAGCCAUCACUCUGGGCUGGGGCGGCUGUGCGCGGGGCUUUGGCUGGCGGGCCGUCCAUCGCUCACCACACACACAAGACCUUAGCUACGCUGCUACAGCUUCCUGCACGAAAGCAAACACAAACAAGCACAGGAAGAUGCCAUAGCGUCUGUCGUGCUGUUUGUUGCCCGGAACGCUUACAGUUCUUGCGAUGAAUGUAUGGCUGCCGGCAGGUCUUCUUGUGAGCCCGUCGGACGGCAGGCAGCCGAUGGAUUGCUCGGACUUGAGGGUGCGCUACAACAGCCAAGACCUCACCGAACGCUCAUACCCCGGCUCUUUUUCCCUUCUUGACUUUUGCGAGCUUGAAGCGGAAACAAACGGGAGAUGUCAGAGGCUGCGUGUGUUGGGGUAGAUCCCGCCGUGUAAUGCCACUGCAUGCUGAGAACCCUGAGCACUCCGAACUGUCCCUCCUUCUCGUGAACCGUCC